AUGGAGCAUCCUCAGCUCUUGUUUUCAAUUCUUUCCUUUUCAUUUCUUGAUAAUGCUGAGUAUGAGGAUCUUCCUGAUCUUGUUAAGGCCAAAAAUAUGCCAAAAAAGUUUCCUAUUCUAAAAAAAGCCGAUUCAACCAACCUUUUUGCUCAAAUUCAGAAAGAAAAUAAUAUCAAAAAGGCUUUAAUUGAUGCUCAAUGGCCAUUUCCAUUUGAUAUUGAAGUUCUGACAACAAUUUUAGGAUCGUUUUCAUUACAAUAUCAAAAAACUCCAAAUUAUAUUUCCUUAAUUAUCUUAAAUUCAUACGUAACAUUCAUGAUUUCCUCAUUUAAUCUCGUUGAUUUGCCCGUUUUACUCGAAAAUUUAAGAGUAUUUUCUAAAAUCACAACCGACCAUACAUGCAAGCAGUGUGCAUCUUCAGCAUUUGUUGAUUUAUACAGAUUAAUACCGAUUGAAUGCAGUCAAUCAGAAUUUCAUCAACUUUUAACACCACUAUUCCAAUUUAUUUCCGACAGCGAAGAAUUGCAUCCACAACUAUUCCAAAUACUCAUAAAAAUGUUCCAUCUAUCAAUGACCUACAAUUCGAACGUUUCUAGCUCAAUGUUGAACAUUGUCAAACUGGCAAUCAAUAAAUUUCAUUCGGUUAUUCCAGAUACAGACAUUGUAGCUCUUCUAAAAAUCCUCAGUGAGGAGAUAUUCGAAUUCCAUCUUGAUUCUUUCCCUCUUUUACAAACGAUUACAUCUAAUUACGAAUACAUCGAUUUAUACAGUAUGAUUCUUGCUGCAACAUCACGAGUUGUUGAUGAAAUCCAUAAAUAUCCACCAAUAUUUCCAAUGUCAGAUUUUCAAGAAGAAUCUAAUCGAAAUAAAAUGUUUACAAGAAGGAAAAAUCCAGAUAUUACACUAAGUACUGUCAUGCAUCAGGAUGUAUACAGAUUUACAAUGAAUAUUAUGAAUUUGAUGACAGUCAAUGCGAAGGUUUGCGAUAAAUUCGUUGCCAGUAUCAUUGUUAAACUAUGCGAACUCGAUUCUACAAGUCCAUUUGCCAUUGAUUAUUUGUUCGUAUUAGCCUUGAUAUUGAAAAAUACAAAAAAGGCUACAACAUCUGCAGAUGCAUUGCCUCAUAUAUUUAGAUCAAUGUUAUUUAACGUAAAUGCAGAUAUUUUGGAUUCAAAUAAUUUUGACAUGAUAAGUCUUCUCAAAAACGAGUUCUUUUCACUAUUGUUCAGAUCAGAUUCAACUUACAUAUUGGAAGAGCUUCAAUUUUUUGCAGAAAAAUCAAUUCAUGCAUUAUUUGAUAUUGUAUACAGAAUCUCAACCGACCAAGUAUACGUUAAUCCAGAGAAAAAUGCUGAUUUGCUUCCAGUAUUAACAUAUAUAAUGAACGAACUGAAGAAAAUCACUAAUACAGAGUAUUUCAAUAUUUAUGUCAUAGUUUACUGUGAUAUGAUACUUAAACUCAUCAAAGAUAAGUAUGCCAUGCUUUCUUUCUUCCAAACAGCCGAUUUCUUCAACAUUUUAUCAUGGUUAAUUGAUAUAUCAAAAUAUUAUACUCUAAAAAUCGAAUCAGUUUAUGUUCACGAGCUCAAAUCGAAGACGAGUGACUUGUUUAACAUGAAUAUUUCCAAACAAAUGGUCAAAUUCUUUUUCUUUUCCAUCACUGACGAAAGAAUUGGCGACGCAAUAAUUUUCAUGAGAUUCAUUUCAGACAUGGUUAAAGUUGACAACAACAAUGCAUUGAUUUACAAGGAAAUCUUCUUCAGAAUAUUCCAAACUAUACCUACAACAUGCAGAAAAGACUUAAUUAACACUUACAUACAUUUGUUACUUGAAUUAUUGAUGUAUUGUUCAGAUAAACUUGUUUAUUCACAACAAGUCAUGAUGAAAUUCGAACAAAGUUUGGAAAUUAAUUAUUCUGAUGGACUUCCAUGGCCAAUUAUUAAUGAUUUGAUUAACAUUUGUGCAGGACAAAAGGUUGAAUCAAUGAGAUUGCCAUUCGACUUGAAACAACCAAAGUUUUUCGGUGUUUUGUUGAGAUUAAUCAAAAAUGACACUGAAAAACUUCAAAUCAUUAUUGAAAUAAUUAAUUUGAUUUGUCAGAACUUCCAAAAUUCAAGGUUAUUAUUACACAACCAUGGUAUUGAUGCACAUAUCAUUGACAUCAUAAAAGAUGCAAAAGAUGAUGUAUUAAUUGAUACUUGCAUCGCAGUUAUUAAACAAAUAACUUCACUUGUAAGUUCUGCAGCGGUUGUUAACAAAUUUGUGUCACUUUUAUUACCAAUUAAUGAAAAAUAUUUUCCAAGAUAUCAGGAGAAAAUAUUAACAUUCCUUAAUGGUCUUAUCACCGAUGCACUUCGCCAGCCAUUAUGUGGUUACACAAUCACUAAAACAUCAUCACCAUAUGUAAGAGGACUUAAAUCAGAACAAUUCAUAGAUUUUUCAUUUUCUAUUUGGCUUUAUUGCACUAAAACUGUCCAAGAUGCUGUUAUUUUCACGUUGCAUGAUGCUAACAGACUCUCUUUCUCUUUGUUUAUUAUCAAAGGAUGCGCAACAAUUGUUAUAAACAAAGGAGAUGAUUCUUGGGAAGGACCAUUGAAACUUAUUUGUCCGGUGAAUAGAUGGUUUAUUCUCACAGCAACUGUUGAAUACCAAAAGAACCAAAACAAGAAAAUAGUUGUAACAUUGGAAUUGGAAGGAUAUGCUAUCAGACAAUUGUUUGUUUUGCAUGAGUUCGCGCCAGGAGACAUUCUUUUCCAACUUUCCAAUUCAAUGACAAAUUCAGAGAAUGAAGUCAUGGUCGGACCAUUAUCUAUCUUUUCAAAGAUUCCUCAGCAUGAAUUGCAAUUGCUUACGAAAUCUAAUCCACACCAGAUGCCAACUGUUCCUAAAACUCCUUUCUUCUUCAUGCUGCCUAAGAAAGAUGGUGAAAAGAUUUCUCUUUCAGUAAAUCCUGAAUAUCAAAUUGUUUACAAACCGAUCAAAAACCUCCAACCCUUCUCAAUUUUGGAUGUUUUGAGUGCAAGAAUCGGCUAUUCUGUUUUAGUUCCUUUAUUCGCAGAAUUGAAUUGCACAUACGAAGAUGGAACUAAAUUCGAUGAUUUCGGAAUUAUUUGUAUCAAUAUCAUUAAGAACACACUGAUAUUAAAUAACAGAUCACAAUCAGAACUUGAUACUUCGAAAUCAUUCGAAUCGAUUUCAUAUUUAUUGUCUGCAAUGAAUCCUGUUCAUCUCACAUUUGAUUUAUAUUUAUCUUUCUUUAAUUUGACUACAUACAUCACUAACAAAUAUCUCAUGAAAUCAUUGUACAGAUCAAUCAUUUGUAAUUUUGAUUUAUGGUAUCUUUCAUCAGAUAAAAUCAAAAUUUUCAGACAUUGGGAAUCAGUUUUGUACACAAACUAUACAACAUAUGCAAGAAAAGCACUCAGUUUCGAGAACCUUUUGAUGAUCAUGAGAACAUUCUUUUAUUAUGAACCACUUGAGACAUAUUUAAUUCACAUCAGAGAAGAAGAAAUUGAUGUCGAACUUAUCAGAAAACUUUUAAUGAAAUGCGCUUAUCAAUGUGUCAAACAAAAGUUCAAGCAGAAUGAUGUAACUUUCUUAGGUACACAGAUCUUAACAAGUGUUGUCAGUCGCCAACAGAAUGAACUCAUUGAUUUACUUGAUAAUAUCAUGGAUUUGCCAACAAUCAAAGGAAAUGAUUUCGAAACUUAUUCAAGUUUAUUGAUGUUCCAUGUUUUGAUAUCAACAAACAACUUGACAACAAUUGAAAAGAUGUUUGAUAUCAUGAUUAAAAUGCAUGAAGUAUUCGAUAUAACAGAAGUUACAUUAGAAGAACAUUUGUACAUGAUUUUAGAAGAAAUCCCACAGAAUUUGAUGCAAAGUGAACCAUUCUUCGAAAUUUUGUUUAAAUUCUCAAAGAAGAAACCAGAAUUUUUGUCAUUAGUAUGCUAUGUUGCACAGAAUUUAGGAAGUUCAUAUGUUAAAAAAGUUUUCAUUGAAAUUGAGCCAUCACCAUUCCUUUCUAAAGUCCAUCACUGGACAGUUUGGCCAUCAUUGGCAUUUUUAACAUGUCCAGGUGAUAUUCGAAUCCACAUCAUUGAUUUCAUAAUCAAAUGCGGUUGUGACUUGUGGAUUGAUGCAUUUUCAAGUAUAGAACAUAUUGGAAGAUCUCUUGGAAUAUCUGUUGUUAUUCCAAAGCAUGACUUCUUAUCAGCAAUUGCAGCUAAACUGUUGAACCAAGAAAUUACAAAUAACAAGAAAACAGUUGACACAUUUUUGAAAUUGAUCAAAUAUUUCAUUUUGAUGAAACCAAGUGGAUAUAUUAGUAGAUACUUACUGAAAAAGGCAGAACCUAUCAAACUCUAUGAAAUAGACACAAAAUCUCCUAAAGCAUUGAUGCAAAUCAUUCACAACUUAAGGACAUUUGAUGGUGAAAACAAAGAUUUAGAUUUCGAUUUAUGUAUCAAAGAUUUACAACAUCAGAACUCUCUUGCAACUGAUUUACACUUGAUCAUGAUGAAUCCAAUCGAGAAAAGAAAGUUCGGUCUUACUUUUAAUGAAGAAGCCAUUUGGAUUGAUUCAGAUAUCAUCACAAUGGCGUUUGAGAUUUUCGACAGAAGUCCACUUGAAAAUCAUUUUGGUUUAAUGACAGUUUUAGCCGGUUUGAUUGUUAACGAACAGCCAGAAAUCGCACACAAGUUUGUUGAUAAAUAUUUCAUUGUUAUCAACUUAUUACCUGAGAUUAAUGUAUAUAACCAUCGUGCAAUCGAAUGCAAUCGUCCAACAGUUAAGAAAGCAGAUCCCUUCUUAAGUUUCCAGAAGAUGUCUGAAGUUUUCGAAGAAUUUGAUUCUCAGAAUGAUCCUGUUGUUGUUUUCGGUGUAAAUUAUUACAAUUUCGUUAUAGAAUGCACCGAAAAAUCCAAUUUCAUCAUCACAUUGAGUCAAGGACAAUAUCUCAAGAAGAUGUUCAAUAGCGCAAGUAGAAUCAUUGAGAAUCACUCAAGAUCCAAGUUCAGAUACAGAUUGGAAUGGCGUAAAUUAUGGCACAGAUUCAUUGAUGAUGGAAGUCCAUGGAAGAACUGCAUUUCAGACAAAGUUGUCAAUAAACUUCGUCGCAAAUUCACUUAUUGUUUACCAUAUUAUACACCAAUGAAAGUUUCAGAAACAAGAGUUCAGAAAGAUCCUGAUUACAUUGUCACAUGUCCUUCUAAUCCAUUUUACGAUGUUUUGGAGAAUAUGCACUCCGAAAUUCUUUGGUCAGAAAAUCUUCCACCUAUUGAUCAUGACGUCAACAAGAACUUUGUUUGUCAGUUGAUCAAUCUCGACAUCAUUAAGAACUGCCACAUCAGUGUUACAUCCAAAUCAUUCUUAGUUUAUCAACAGAACAACACAUAUUUCAAGAUCCAUUAUGAUAAAAUCUAUUCAAUAUUGCAGAAACCAUGGAGAAAUGAAGACAACGCGAUUGAAAUUCUUACAGUUUUAGGCGAAAGUUAUUUGUUUAAGUUUUUGCAGAACAGACUUCCAGCAUUCUUGUUAUUGAUUAAAACUAUCAAUUUCAAGAGUUUGCAAAUUCCAAUCCAGUUUAACAAUGAUUACAUUAAGUAUUUCAAUGAGAUGAAAUUGACAGAGAAAUGGGUUAAUUGUCAAAUUUCAACAUUUGAAUAUUUAUCAAUGUUAAAUCGCUAUUCAGGCAGAACAUUCCAUUCCACUAAACAAUAUCCUAUCUUUCCAUGGGUAUUGAGUGAUUAUUUCACAGAUGAAUAUUCACUUGACAAUCCAUCAUUAAUCCGCAUGUUUGCAUUAAAGAUGGGCAACAAUUUGCCAUCAACAUCUGAUGACAACUUAAACAUCGCUCGCAUGUUGAGUCAUUUGCAACCAUUCAACACAUUGACUAAAGAGAAAUUCAACUCAAUUGCAAAUGAAUUCAUCAAUUCUAGUGUCAAUGAGAUUCCACCAGAAUUCUUCUGUUCCCCCGAAAUUUUCGAGGAUGUUGAAAAACCAAAAUGGGCACAGAACUCUUUUGACUUUGUUUACAAGCACAGAAAAGUCUUAGAAUGUGAAUUAGUUUCUAAACAGAUUAACAAGUGGAUUGAUACUACAUUUGGAUCACUUCAGAAGUCUCCUCCAACAAAUUAUCCUCCGAAGAUCAUCUUCAAAUCCAAACAUCCACAAAGAAAGAAUAUUCCACCUCCAACUUACGACAAAACUGACAUCAAAUUCUGUGAAUCAAACUUAAUAUGCUGUGUUUCAAUUCUGAAUCCUAAAACGAUCAACCUUUAUGCAAUCACUGAAAAUAGUGAACUUAUUUGUGCAGUUGCAAAUGAUAAAGAUGCCAAAACGAACAUGAAUAAUUUAAGUUUCCGAUUUGGCAAAGAAAUUCUUCCACAAUUUGUUUUGGUGAAUGAAGACACAUUUUUAUGUUUGAAGAAGACGGCGGACAAGAUCAUGGUUAUCCAUAGCAACAGUAAUAUUGAAUACAUCGACACUAAAUCAUUUACAAGCUGCAUAGAUGCAAAUGACAUGUACACUGUUGUUUGUGAUAAUGAUGCAAUUGUUCACUGUUACUUCUCGAAUGAUUAUACGAAGCCUCUUUUCAAACUCCAGACUUACACACAAUCAAUCAAAGCAGUAUGUGCUUCCAAGAACUUCCACUCCAUUGUUUGUUCCACUGUUGAUUCACAGAUCUUGAUUAUCUCUAUUACUCGUAAAUCCAUUUCCAAGAGUGUUUAUUUGCAGAAUUUCACAUCAAAGAAACUUAUUGUUACAAAGAGUUUUGGCUUCAUUGUUGUUUUUGGUAAAGGAAUUGUCGAAGGCAACCAAGUCCGCAAGAUUUUCAUAAUCUCAUGCAAUGGAGACAUCCUCAAAGAGAUGAUAUUCAACUACAAAGCAAUUUUUGUUUCGACUUACGUUUCAUCUAGUGGUUUUGAUUAUGUUGUUUUCUGCGACAAAAUCGGUAAAGUUUUUGCUUUCGAAGCAUACUAUCCAGAAAGAGUUAUUAGCAUUGGUAAUGUCAUCAACAAGGUUCUUUCAUUCGAUUGCUCAGAAAACCGUGUUUGUGUUACUACCUCUAAUGGUCAACUUCAUGUUUUUCCUUUUUCAUUUUAA